AUGGAUUACUACAAGCUACAAGAGCUUCCCCAGACUUACAAACAGUGCAAGAAGCACACUGAGAAAUUCGAGCAGUGGUUCAUUGAGACAGCACGAAAGCGCGAAAUUGAGCUGGCGAACUAUCAUGUCGACACGAGCAAGAGUCACUCGAAGAAAGGCAGGAAGAAGAGGCACAAGGUACCCGUCGCCGCUUAUGUGCCUAUUGCUCAAGAGAUUGUGAAAUCCGGUGUUCCGCUUGACGACACCUCGGGCAUCAACGACUUGUCCGACGCCAUCCGCACCCGGAAAGAGGUGACUGCCUGGCACCGUAUUCACAAUCUGUCGGACGACGGCCAUCCCUUCUUCAUCGGCAUCCUGACCCAGGCCAAGGAUAUCUUGUCGGGUGGGAAGAGUAGCAAGGCUAACACACCGGGGUUGUCGACGAGCAAUUGCAAAGUUCAUGAUCUGCAGGACCGAGUGCCCUUUUUCUUCACCAUAAACGUCCUAGAUGCGCUUAACACGGAAGAAGAUAAGCCGCAGUGCUCCACGGAGUUUGAUGUGCCCGAUGCCUCAGCCCCCUUUGGAAAGACUACCCACAAACGUAAGACACAUCCUUCAAAAGGUCUCUCCGAGAGAGCUUUGACAAGGGACGAGAUGGAGUUGGAGCAAGAGUUCCAGAUGCUCUGCUUCCUUUACGACUACAACCAGAUCAAAGAGUUCGUUCGGCAGGUUUGGCUCACUUACAGGGAGAAGGGACUUGGUCUUGUCACUGCCGCAUUGAUUACCGACCUGGCCCUUGCCAUCAUUCGACGAAAUGUGGCCGCUUUGAUCCAGGAUAUGGAGGAUUACCCGACCGGACGCUCAUUUGUCGAAGUUCUGAAAGACUUGUAUGAGAAGCUGUUGGCAUCGGAGCGGGAUACCCUGUCCAAUGAAGAUCCUGGGAAGAGAGAAGCGACCGAAGACAUGCGUCGGCGCAUAGGUAACCGCCUCUGUAUUCCCAGUCUCCUACAUCUGGAACAACACUACCAAGGCGUUGCGCACAAAAGCGAGCCCACUCAAGAAUUCCUUCGUCGUGAACCUUUCCUUGCUUUCUUCUCCAGCAUAUUGAAGAAGAACCUCCAUCCGCCUGUCCUUGACAACUAUACACAGGGCAUGCUGUCCUCUCCUGAUCGCCCACAGCCAUGGCUUGUUUUCGGUCUGCAACUCGUGACGGAAGUUCAAGCCAUCGUCCAGGACAUCCCCAUACAACUCUUCAAAGACCUUGCCGACAGCAUUCACUAUUCCGUCACGCUAAUGCAGGCGCAUAUUCAAUAUGAAGACCGGAUGUGGGAGGCCGGCACCCGACCCGACUAUAUGUGCUUUGGGGAGAUCAAGUUUUCGAACCUCUUCCUUGAGCCAUGCCAGGACAUGCUGGCGUGGCUGAGACGGGUGUUAGAGGACGACAAGAGGUUGUCCGGGGAUAAGAAGCGGGAAGAGAACUCAGGGCCUGAUUCGAAGUCAUUUUCUGCAGUGGACUUCAUGUCCUUCCAUCCGACUCUGAGCGGCUUAGCGGUCUACCACAUAUCCAGGAACUACCAGAUUAACAGCAUUGCAAUGACCCAGUGGUUUAUGGUCGCGAUUUGUCAUCUCUACAACGCUUGUCGACAGAUCGGCGGCCUAAAUAUCACCUGGCCCGACUUGGAAUACAUCAUUGAGAUGCAAGGAGUCAAAGGUAUUUUCGUUGGUGACCCGCCGACCGAUCCCCAGUUCUUUUGGGAGCGCUUACAGUACGCCAUGACGUUUUCCGCUCAGAGCACUCGACCAGAGCAUCUGCAGCGUCAUCCCAACUGGACGAAAUGGGCUCGUGCAAACAUGGACACCAAGAAGAAGCGAGGACUACAGUGUCUUACCCCGCUUCACGUUAAGCUCCGGGACUACUAUUACGGAUAUCGUCCAGAUGAGCGGUGGAUGAAGCUCCAGAACCUGUUCGCAUACCUCUACCAUUCCGAAACGCCGCAUACAAAAGCCAGUUUCUCCGGGAUAGUCGAAGAUCUCCAGCCUCUAUUCAGUUCGAUGGCCGAAGCACUGUCACCACCGCGUCUUAAACGCCGUAAAAAUGUCAAGAUUCCCAAGUUUUCGUCGCAAACUUAUGUUUAUGCCGACAUACUCUCUGAAAUGCAGACCCAGCUCCAAGCAACGGAAAUGCACGGGAACUUCGAUUACCUUUCUUUCUACCGACGCACCUACACAUUGGUUCUCCAGAUCCGCAAGGUGCUCUUUGACGAGCAGAAGGAGUUGGAGAACCUACGCACCCAGGACGGCAACCCAAGUAACCUCUGCCUUCUGUCUCGUCUCUUCUAUGAUCUCAAAAUCCAGACCAAAGGCAAAGACAUACACGUACAGGGCAACGAGCUCAGCAAGGACGCCGUAGCGCUGGAUCAGCUCCAAGCCAUCUCCAAAAUGCUGGAGGACUUCAUCAGGAAAGAAGGCCGGGCGGAGCUCGACAACGCCGAGCGACUGUCAGGUAUGUCCUCGGAUCUCAACGCCCCCAAUCCUAAGUCGGAGUCAGUUCUACGUACUGACGCUCCCUUUAUGCCUGAGCCACCGCCCUGCCCCGAACCUCCUGUCCGCUUCGGGUCCCCCGUGUUCCCUGGGCCUCCGCCUUCGAAUGGCACUCCCACGAUCCCCCGGUCUCCUUCUCCUGUCUCUGCUGUAUCAGCGCACCACGUCCUAAUCGAUGGACGACCUGGAAAGCUUUUCCACCGAUUUACCUACAGCUCCACGGCUUCUAGGAAGGAGCGGCUCGUACUUUCUAUGGGGAGAAGCUCUGGACAACUCCAAUUGGCUGGCAGGAAGAAGCGUACCAACUUCUUCCGCGCCCUGGGUAUCUUUCCCCGGCUCGUCGGCAGGAGGAAGCAUAGGAUCAUGUUCCGCUGCUUGGGUGUGUGUUGUUUGGGGAAGGCUGCCCGAGGGAAGCCUAUGGAUGUGGUGGCUUUCUGGGAUAGAUGGGUUAGAGCGAUGGGGACAGUGGGCUUUGAAUGGGAGCGCGAGGAUGGGGAUGAUGUGGGGUCCGCUGAGGGCUGGGAGACUAGCUCUGAGCUUUCAGACGACUUUGAGCUAGACUCGGGGAGGGCGACUGCGUGGGGGGAUGGGUGCCCUUGCUAUGAGGCCGGGAAGGGCCUGAGUGGGCAUUGGUGUGGGUGCUACAGCGAUUGA